GCCGCGACUAUAACAUUGCUUGUAUCGCUUAUUUUGUGUAUUUCGUGUGGACUGCUUUUUGCCAACAAUAAAGUGCAGUGAAACUAUCUCUAUGUCGCCGAGAUCGUAUUAAAGCACCUGACCUCGAAAAAUGGCGCAGCGGUAGGAACGUUUCCAUCACUCCCGCGUGUCGGCUUAGUUUCAUCAGCAGCAAAAAAAAAGCCUUUCCGAACUGAAACAUUAUCCAUUUUAUCAAUAGAGACAUUACGUAUAAGCUGCUUUCGCUUUUUGUACCAGAAUAACACAUAUCGCAUUUACUUUGUAGACAUGUGGCGCGUUUCUUGCGCUCUCAGAUCAAUAUCACCCUUUGAGAUGUUUUAACCCUCUCUUCAAAAAGCCACGCCAUGAUGCUGUUUUAUGUAGUUUUAUCAAUUUUGCUUAGCAACAUUCACGGGUUUGUAUUAGACGGUUCGUCUGAAUCCUAUUCACAAUUUAGAAAAUGGGGCGGCGGUACCAACGGUACUUUAGAAUUUGAAUUUAAGACUGAUCAACCUAACGGACUCUUACUGUAUACGGACGACGGCGGUACUUACGAUUUUUUCGAAAUAAAACUCGUAGAGGGCGCUUUGAGAUUGAGGUACAACUUGGGCGGCGGAGCUCAAAUUAUAACAGUCGGCAAAGAACUUAAUGACGGUCAUUGGCACAAAGUCCAGCUACAACGUCACGAGGAACGUACGAUUUUGACCGUGGACGGCGCAUCGCAGAUGCGUACGUCGCGAGGCAAAGAAUUCAAUUUCGGUAAAUUGGAAACGAAUUCGGACGUUUACAUUGGCGGCCUGCCUAAAUGGUACAACAAGAAAUUGGCUUUGUUAGCGUUGCCGAGCGUGUUUUUCGAACCGCGUUUUAUCGGAUCGGUCAGAAAUUUGAUUUAUCCGGACGUCGAGGGUGGAGUGGCACGCCGACAAGAGACUCGACCCAAGGACCAUAGGUGCGACGGCCCAAUUGUGGCAGGAACAGAAAGUAUAUGUCUUCCCCAAUCCAGGGUUUUACGAGGCAAUAGCAGCGACGCGUGUGAAGCUAGGGACCCCUGCCAACAUGGCGGAAUAUGCAUAUCAACCGACAGCGGUCCCAUCUGCGAAUGCCGCAAUUCCGAUUACGAGGGCGAAUUUUGUGAAAAAGAUAAGGCCCCAUCAGAAGCUGUCUUCCGCGGGACCGAAUUUUUAUCGUACGAUCUCAGCCAAACGGGGGGCGAGCCCAUUGUCAGCGCACAAGACACCAUCACGUUAUAUUUCAAGACCCGACAGCCGAACGGUCUCCUUUUCUACACGGGCGAAGGAAGCGACUACCUUAAUGUGGCAAUCAAAGACGGAUGUUUGAGUUUAACGAUGGGGCUGGCAAAUGGAAAGCAAGAGAUGCAAAUCAAGCCAAACAAAGUUCGUUUCGAUGACAAUCAAUGGCACAAAGUGAGCGUCCAUCGUAGGAUACAAGAGAUCUCGGCGAUAACCAGCUUUUGUCGGUUAUCUGCAGUGGUGGAUGGCGUGUAUGCGGAUCAUUCUCACAUUGCGGGAAAAUUCACAAUGCUCUCAUCGAGCCGGGUCUACGUGGGCGGCAGCAUAAAUACCAGAGCACUUCCUGGGGCUAGAGUGCACAACAAUUUCGUGGGCUGUAUGCGAAAGGUGGAAUUUGUCGCCGAUACGUUACGACUAAACCUACUCGAAUUGGGCAGGUCGGGUAACCACUUGAUACAAGUGGCAGGCAGAUUAGACUACAAAUGUCCAACGGGAGAGACUCACGAUCCCAUCACUUUUACCAGUAGAGAAUCGCACUUGAUAUUGCCGACGUGGAACGCGAAAAAGUCGGGAAAUAUUUCAUUUAAAUUCCGCACUAAUGAAGCCAACGGUUUGAUACUGUUUAAUGCUGGAACGCCGCCCAGGACCGAUUUGUUCGCUGUAGAAAUCUACAACGGUCACAUCUAUGUUCACAUAGAUUUAGGAACAGGCCCGUCAAAACAAAGAGGCUCGAGACGACGAAUAGAUGACGGCACUUGGCACGAACUAACUUUCCGACGCACCGGCAGAGAUGCCCGAAUAACCGUAGACGGUUUCCAUACGGAUUUUAAAGCUAUGGGUAAGAAUGCAAAAGGCGCAGCCACACUGGAACUCGAGAGCAAUCUUUAUAUAGGCGGUUUGGGACCGCCGUUCUCGGAAAUCCUCGCGCCAGCUGGACUAUGGACGGCAGUCCUUCAGCAGGGAUUCGUAGGAUGUUUUAAGGACCUCGUUAUGAAUAACGAACCCAUUGACGUUGCGAGUUUUGCCAGGGAACAGGAUUCCGGUUCGAUACGUACACUUUGUCACACGCAGCCGCAACAAUGUCCAUCGCAACCUUGUCUUAACGGCGGCAUAUGCGCAGAGGGUUGGAACAGGUUCAUUUGUGACUGUACCAACACUAUGUUUACAGGACCGACUUGUGGGAAAGAAGCGGCUACUUUAAGCUUUAACGGAUCGUCGCACAUGGCGGUCACGAUGGAUGCGGAAAUGGUUACCCAGACGGAAGACAUUAUUUUACGAUUCAGGACCAGCAAGCCGCUAGGAUUAUUGUUGAUCUCGAGCACGGUCGAAACGGGAGACAGGAUCGAAUUGGCCGUGGCCGCCGGACGGAUACGGUUAGCCCUUCGGCUGGACGUUAAGGAGAAACGAAAAGAAGACAGGGAAAAAGAUAAGAUUUUGUUAGCUGGACAAAAUGUAAACGACAACGAGUGGCACACAGUACGAUUUUCAAGAAGAGGCUCAAACCUCAAACUUCAACUAGAUAAUCAGUCACCAAUAAGAGCUGAAAUUCAAGGAAAAUAUACUACACUUCAAUGGCGCACAUUACACAUGGGCGGUUUGUAUCACGUAGAAGAAGAAAUCAGUAUGUCUACAACAGUGCCAAAUUUCAUCGGAGAAAUACAACAAUUGUAUUUCAAUAACAUUCCUUACAUCGAGCUGGCUCGUGCUCUCAGCACAGAACAAUCAAUUUCCGGUUUUCCAACGAUAAAAGUAGCAGGCAAAUUCGUGAAACACGCCACCGACAAUCUGCACCGGCCUGUUACGUUCCGCUCGAAGCACACGUUCACAGGUUUGCCCAUGUUGCGGGCAUAUUCCAGCAUACAUAUCGACUUUAUGUUCAAGACGCGCGAGGCCAACGGUCUUAUCAUGUUUAACGGCGGCAAAAAGGAGGAUUUUGUCGCCGUCGAACUGGUAGACGGUCACAUAAACUAUGUUGUCAACGUCGGAGAUGGAACCGUCACGCUAAGAGAUACUGUAAGGUCACAUUUAAAUGAUAAUCGAUGGCAUACGGUGGGAAUUCGAAGACCUUCCGCGAGACAGCACACCCUAAUGGUCGACGACGAUAUAGUGAUAGCGACAAACUACGGUACCGGUAAUUUAGAGCUCGACGGCAUUUUGUAUCUGGGCGGAGUUUAUAAAGAUUUGUACGCUCAAUUACCCCAAGAAGAUGUGAAAUCGCGUCACGGAUUCGAAGGGUGUAUUGCCGGUCUGGAUCUCAACGGGGAAUCGCCAAACAUAAUGGAGGACGCCGUGGUUCACAGUUCCCUGGUUACUGCCGGAUGCGAAGGUCAAUCUGCAAAAUGUAGUCACAAUGUCUGCGCCAACGCUGGCAUCUGCGUUCAGCAAUGGAAUUCUUACACCUGCGAUUGCGAUCUCACUUCCUUCACUGGACCAACAUGUUCAGAUGAGUCUGUUUCGUACGAGUUCGGACCGAAUCCGGGAAUUAUAACGUACACAUUUCCCGAAGACAAUAGGCCGGAAAUGCAAGAAGACUCCAUCGCUUUGGGCUUUAUUACGACGAAAUCGGAUGCGGUCUUGUUGAAAAUUAUUAGCGGGACUUCAAAUGAUUACAUCGAGAUUCAUAUUGUAGAAGGCAACGUAUUCGCUGUGUACAAUUUGGGCACAAACGAUCACCCCUUAGGUGAAAUUUCGGUCAAAGUUAACGAUAAUCAAUACCAUGUAGUCAAAUUCCAUAGACAAGGAUAUAAUUCAACAUUGCAAGUCGAUGAUUACAACGUGCAAUCCAGUUUUCCUAGUGGAAACCAGUUGCAAGUGUUUAACACACAGUCACAAAUUCACAUUGGUGGCAAGUGGAGCCGUGGCAAAAAAAGAAUAGACAGGCCAUUCUCCGGAAUUAUUUCCGGUGUAGUGGUUAAUGCUUUAAGAGUCCUCGACUUGUCUGCCGAAAAAGACGUGCACGCUUCCAUCCGAGGUGACGUGGCUUUAGUUCAAGGCAUUCUAGAACGACACGAUUUACAAAAAAUGCAGCAGAUUUGCUAUUUGGUUCUAUUUUUGGUUCUCCAAAUACGUCCAAUGUUCCAGACGCCGGCCUCCGGUUUUCCCGGCAUCGAAGACGAUCUCAUCUUCAGCGGUGCCGGUUCCGGAUGUAACGGCGAUGACGAAGACGAGUGUCCGCCUUUACCCGAAAUGGGUUCUGGUGACGAUUUGAUUACUCCUGUUUAUAUACCGCCGACAAGGCCGCCGCCAACGGUGAAACCGAAAAAGAAAGUCGUCGUUAAUGGAAAGGAUUGUGAUGAUGAAGAUUGCAUCGAUGGAUCUGGUUCUGGUGAAAUUACUGAGGAUCCUACGUUUACUAGCAGCAAAACAACAGGUAUCAUGACAGAAAUUACAGAUUCCACUACAAUAACCGACGCGACAAGCUUCAAAACCACCACAGAAGAAGAAUCCACGAUUUCUUCCGGCCAACACCAUACAACGGGAACUUACGGUAACAUGACCACAACAGAUAUGGGCUUUAGCUCGACAACCCACCAGCACAGCACUAUAAGAGGCCACAGCAAGCCCACUUAUAUAUCCACAGAUCCGACUUCGAGUACCCCUACAAUAGUAACCACCGGUAUCGAUAAAUACACCGACAUGCCCAACGAAAUUAACGUCAAACAACCUGGGCAGUAUCCUCCUCCUGACUACACGAACAACAUGUACGGAAUUAAUAAUUACAACAAAAUCCCUCCGACUCAGAGGAUCAAUUCGGAAACCUCAGAAGCGGUAGCUUUGAUUAUAGGAGUAAUUGCAGGCUCCUUGAUAGCCGUGAUUCUGGUCAUAUUAGCCAUUCUCAAAUUUAAAUCGAGAAGCGACAGGUCGUUCAAGAUAGAUGAUAGUAAAGAGUACCCGCACGGGCCCAGUACUGCUUUGCUCGGUAAUACUGCAUCGAGUACCGCCAGUCAAUCACAGUACCAGCUCAACGGCGCCUUGAGGAACGGCGAAAAAUCUCAAAUGCAACAAAAACAAAAGAAGAGAGACAGUAAAGACAUUAAAGAAUGGUAUGUGUAAAAAAACAAACGGGUGCGAAUGUUUUUAUUUUUUAUGUGACUCCGAGCCAUGAUGUGCGAGUUAAUUGAUUGGGAACGUGAUAUUUUAAUUAGAUUGUUUUUUUUUUUUUUUGUUUUUUUUUUUUUCGUUUCUACCCCCAAGUGAGUCUAAUAAUGGAAAUUAAUGGUGAGAUUAUUAUUUUUUUUUUUUUGAUGCAUCUCGAAUUGUUAUUUGAGAAGAUUGGAAAUGGAAAAUCAGUUGGUCUUAUUUCCAUACUUACAAGUAAAGGUGCAACACCGGUUCUAGCACAAAAUCAGUCAUUUUCCCAUGUAAAUCUCCAAAAUGGUACGAAAGUUGCCAGAACGGACCUUAGAUUUUCUUAUGGAGAUUUACAUGGGAAAAUUACUGAUUUUUUGUGCUAGAACCGGUGUUGCACCUUUACUCUUACAAUUUAAGUCAUAAUAUUAUUGCCUGGACAGUUGGAAGGAUUUUUUUAAAACCAGGCAGGACAUUGUGGUUCUUAUCUCAAUUCAAAGAUCAUCAGAUUAAGUUCGAUUUUAUUAUAACCAGAUUUGUAGUCGAGGAAAUUAUCUACAACUUCUGCUGAGUAGUUGAUAAUAUCUACAAGUUCUGUAAAAAUCAUGGUGUUUCAAAGCAGGAUGUUUGAUCCCAUCCCAAUUCCUUCAUUUCAGUAUUACUGAUUUCUUCUCGUUUCUGCUGUGUUUUCAUUUUUAUAAUCAUUUCACUCAAAGUCUAUUAAAUUGCAAUAAUUUUCCAUAGUCAAUUCACUUUACGUCAUAGUCAUCAAUGGUUAUAUACUUAAGUCUCGAUUUCCUACACGUACCUACUUACAAUUAUUUUUCCUUACUUUCACUAACAAAAUACACUUUUUGAUUACCAACAUAGAACAAGCACAUGAUGUAGAUAGAUUACCCGUUUUAAAUUUUUCUCAAACUUCUUGAUUCGCGACGGUCAACUGACAAUCCUUUCGACAUUCGAUUUUAAACGGGAAUUUAAAUUGAUGUCCGACGCGUUGGAUUUCUGUUAGAUGAGUGGUCAGACCAUCUUCUCCAGAUUCUCUAGCCAUGAGUUCUAGGGGCCGAUUCUCGGACCAGGGAGUAGAGCUCCCCGAGAGAACAAAUUUUUCGUCUAUAUCAUUCUCGUUUACUAUUCGAUUACGCUGAUAAGGACAAAACAUUUUUUUUAUCGAGGAGUUCUACUCCCUUAGACGAGAAUCCGGCCCCUGGCAUCUUCCUGUUCAAAUUUGGAGAUAAUAUCAGAUACAAUUUAAAGUAGAAAACUAUUUUAUUAACCGGAAAAUGAACAAUAGAAAUUAAUAAAAAUAAUAUAAAAAAUGACUACUACUUUGACAAAUUGUCACACUAACUAAAAACUGGUUCACAGGUGUACAAAAAAUAAUUAUAAAUAAAAGAAUGCAAUCCUAUUGAUUGUCUCAAACCUUGAUACAGACCCAUGAAAACUGUUUACCUAUUCAAAUUUAAAAAUGAUUAUUGUUGAACAAGUAUAUUAUUUCAACACUUCCAACUGAUCUUCUACCUUGUACUUUACCCUCCAUUAUCAAUCAGAAUAGCUCGUACCUUCCACUUCUCAUCACGUGACCCAAGUAUUACACUUUCCUCUCCCUAUUGGAGUUUAGGAGUUCUUUUUGCUUAUUCAUGCGUUGGAGUCCUUUCUCGUUCGUGAUCCUAUGUAUAGUUGAUCCAAAACUAAAUUUUUUGCACUAGUGGCAGUGCAUCCUCCCGCUAUUUCUAAGAAAUAUAAUUAUUUGUUUUACCAAAGAACUUACUAAAUAUGACUCGAGUUGUUUAUCAAUAUAUUCACGAAAAACUAUCCCAAUCAAAAUCGAGCUUUCCGGGAUUAUUUCAUCUAUAUCCUCUAAAUUAAAUAUUGCUAACCCAUAAAGACUAUACUGAUUUUCCUUAUUUCCAUCAACUAAUAAUAAAAUUAAUUUUUUUAAAAAAUUCCUAAGAAAUUACUAUAGGCGUAAACAGUUUAGAUUUACGAAUAAGAAAUUUUAUAAAUUAGUGUAAAUUACCUUUCGAACCUUAUACCAUUUACUAUUUACUCACCUAUUACGGCAAUACCCCUAUUGCUAAGAAUCUUAGUCGAAUUUCCCAUUUUUUUUAGUUUAGGUAAGAUGUAAAAAUAUUAUAAAACGCACAGGCUAUAAGGCGUAUGAAAAUUCUCAGAAUAUUAUGUAGAUAUUUAAAUAUUAUAUUAUUGUAUUUAAAUUUCGUUUUGUUUUAUUAUUUUCUUGACUGUCCCCGUAACAAUUUUUUUCGAUUUUUCCCUUUUUACUAUUAUUAGUCCAAUUGAGUCAAAUAUGAAUCAUGGCGUUGAAAAAUAGUUCAAAUGAAUCAAGUAUGUCUCAUUGAUGAAUAUGCGUGAUUCAUGGGACAGUAUUAUUUAUUUAUUUUUUUGGAUUCUUGGAAAAAAAAAACUAGCAAAUACGAAUAUAAAUUAUACUAAAUUAUUUUUGUAUAACGCUAGGGCAUCUAGUUUUAUAAAAGGGGAACAUAACACAUUCACUGUUUAAGUUUAAUUUAAAGACACACUACACUGUUGGUACUGUUCACUAAAAAACUCGGAUUUGAAGGAAAUGCAUAAAAGACUGUAAAGUUAACGUUAAUAUCACUUAACCAUAUCUUUUGCGCUAGGGCUAGCCAAAGUGCCAUUAGGUAAUUGAGAAACGAGACGGAUGAAAUUAGAUGAGAGUGUAAUUUGUAUUUGUAUUUGCUUUACAUCGUAGCAAUAACUUUUAAACAAUAAAAUUGACGAUGUAAACCUUAUUGUCACUAUAAGUAAAAAAGCAAAUUUGUAUAUUAAACCCAAAAUUAACCCAAAAAGGUUCCUUAAAGAAAAUUAAAUAUAAGAUAAAAGUUUAGAAGCGGCUUACUAAUUAAAUAAAUAAUUUAAAACAUUUUUUUAAGGUACUGAAUUAAUCUAAAUUAAUUCAAAAGUUAAACGCUCCCAAGUAACUAUAUUUAAAUUAAAAUAAAAUCAAUUGUAUAUAAUUAUAAAAAAUAAACAUAGAUAAAUUUAGAAAUUAAAAGGUUAUAAUAGAUAAUACACAUGCCCGAUGAUUUCUCCAACCGAUUUCACUUUAUAUUAAAAUAAAUUAUAAAAUUAUUAAUACGAUUUAACUUGUACGGCAUCUGUUGUGUAAAAAGAAAACAAAAAAUGUAAUUAGUGAAACUAGAUUUUUGUAUUAUAGUUUUUUUUUUGGAUCUUUUGUUAGUGCUAUUCAAUAAAAUGGCGUAUAUUUGGAUGUUA